UUCUCUGGUGGUGUCGUCCAACUUCUAGGACUUCAGUCAGUAGCUGAGAGAAAGAACGCCUAAUGCCAUCUGUUUCAAAUGGAUCCAGACUUGCAGGAGGCUUUCAAUGAUGUUCAGAGCUCCAUCUACAGAACAGCCCUAGAACUACGCUCAGUACAAAGUCUGCUAAUGUUGGAUUUGCUUGAUGUUUCUCUGAUUCAGCACUUCCUAUAAAGUGAAGGGAGCCAGAGGGGAAAGCAGAUUGUUCUGAACAUACAGCAGAUCUCUGGAAUGCUGAAAAAUGUUUCAAAGGGAGAAAAAACAGGUCAGGCAGAUCCAAGAGCUGCUGAAUUCACAAUGAGCCUGCUGGCCUCCAUGUAUGGCAGAUCUGGAACAGGUUAUAUCAAAAUUAGAUCUGCUGCAGCUGCCCUAAUUGCCCUUUCAGGUGACACUCUACUGGCUAAGUACAGAGCUUUCUUCCAGCUUUAAGCUGUCCCUGAUGGCAAGGAAACCUUGAUUACCUGUAGUGCCCUGAGAAGCCUACUAACAGACUUAAAUCAGAUGUCAGCAAAGGAGAAUGCAAAGCACUUUCUCCGCACCAUCAGGAACAACUUGUUUCAAGAGCACUGCAGAAGAGAGAAGGCUCAAAGAAGGAUGGCUCUGGAGAUAGUAGAGGAGGGGCACUUUCCUGCUCCCAAGAAGACUUUCCCUCCAGAACUCAGUGCUUCACCACUACCUGGCCCUGAAAACUUGUCUUUCCUAGUAGACAGACCUGUCCUGGAGUCACCCAAAUUCUUAUCUGAAAACAGAACUGUAAUGCAGAAGAGUGAGAAUAACAGCAUGACACCAGAGCAAGGCAAAACAAAAGCUCAGGUAAUAGCCCCUUUUGAAGCUGAUGUGUUAAAAAUUCAUGAAUCCAUCAAAACCAUUCACAAUGAAAGCAGGUAGGUAAAUGCACAGUUUGACAAAUGGAAGGUCAAAAUGCAAUUUCUGCACAACUGCCAGGAAGACAAAAGCUCCAAAGUGAGAGCAAGCCAUAAAAAUCUGCAAAAAUAGUUGCAGCAAAUAAACAAAGAAGUAAAGACAAUUUUGCAGUCAUCACAGCGUCAGAAUAUGAUGCCAAGAAACUCACAUGUUCUGCUGAAAAAGAGAAUGCAGGGUGGGUUAAAUCCUGCCCAAAUAAGGUCUGCUUCCAUAACAUGUGCAGACUGGAAAUCUUUGAAUCUUCCCAACUCUGCAAAUAGAAUGCAUCUCUUACAAACACCUGAGGUUCCCACUGUGGUGGACCUUAUGUUCUGAGAAGACCCACUGGGGUCAGUGUUCCUGCAGAGUGACAGAUCUUUUAUGGGACAGUAUAAAAAAACAAAAGAGAAUGAAAUGUAUCUACCUGAAUUGGCAGAAAGCUCUCUCAAUGGCUUCAUGAGGAAUACAGUUCCUAAUCCUACUGCAGUUAAGGUACUACCUGAUGAGAAGGAAGUCAGUGAGGAAAUGGAACUGCAGCAGCUAGUGACAAAACUGAAGGAUUCAUUGUUUCUCCAAGCCCAACCAGCUCAAUGGCCUGUUUCGCAGCAGGACUUCUUCUCUAGAGCAGAAUGUGUUUGCAGAUUCUUUUCUGGCCUCAUCAACCAAGUAACUUCACCAGCUUGUAAAUAA